AUGAAGUCCAUCUUUUUCUCCCUUGCCACUCUGGCACUCUCCGCCUUUGCUGCUCCCGCCAUCGCCGAAGGCAGCCUGGCCGCCACCGCCGCCGGCGUUGUCGCCGCCGAGGCCGACUUUGCCAUUGAGAAGCGCGCGCAGACCGCCGAGGACCUGAUCAACGCCAUUGUCAAGACCACCGACAACAUCAACACCAUCGGUGUCUCUAUCAACGUGACCCUCAGCAAGGUCAAGACCGGCGCCAUCACCAAGCAGGUCGGUGCACUCCAGGUCACCGUAAACCUUCAGAAGGUUCUCGGCGAGAUUGGCACGCUCCUUUCCAAGGUUCUCUUUGCCGCGCGCAUCGCCGUGCCCAAGGAGCUGCUCGAGCCCGUCGUCAAGGCCGUCGAGCGCCUCGUCCUAGCCACCGUCAUCAUCUUCGGCGCCGUUCUUGAAACCCUGGGCCUCAGUGGCGUCCCCUCCGCGAUCGUCAGCCUCACCUUCAACCUCGUCGCCAGCCUGUUCACCGGUCUUAUCGGCGUGUUCGGCAGGGACAUUGCCCCUGGUCUGCAGCUCAUCGUUCAGAGUCUCCUCGCUGAGAACUUCCCCGCCCAGCUGGCUGCUCUUCUGGCCCCGAGCCUGAAGUUCCUUGCUGGAAUCAUCGGCCAGUACAUCGGCAACUAA